AUGGUGUCCUCUAUUCCAAAUUUUAUAAUAUCUGUUGACCUACUAUCUUGUUCCAACAGUGAUGAGAUUCGUAAAGGUUUAAAUGUGAAUGUUGUGAGCAGCAUUUCAGGGAGUGGAUGGUUUCAAUUAUAUACAACAUCCUCAAAACAGACAGUUGAUAGGGAUACUUCUGAACAAGAAGAUGAAGAUUCAAUGAUUAUAAAAUCAAAUUCUAUGGCAGAUCACAUAGUAGAAACAAUUCAAGAACAAUUUCCAUCAAUAAGUUCUCCAAUAACUCUCCGUGUUACUGCAGAAUCUACUACUUUAAAAAGUUUAAAUAUAAAGUUAAAGAGAUAUAUUAAAGGAGCUAGUGAAAUAUUUAAUUCAGACUCUUUAAGCCUAGAUAAGCAUGAAUAUUUAAAAUCUCACUAUUUACUAUCAAUUCCUUUAUUAAAUGUUAUAAUAUGUUGUUUUGAUCAUACUUCAUCUUCUUUAACUAAUAGUAUACUAAAUCCAUUAUCUAAGUGGUGUGAAAACAAUUUUAAUUGUGAAGUAUCUGAAUCUUUAGUUAUUGGAUUCUCAAGUAGUAAGUAUCAGGAAAUAGAGAAACAUUCCAAAAAACUUUUUGAAAAGUGUAAAUCUGAAAUUGGAAGACUUUUAGGAAGUAAAUUCAAAGAAUAUUUUAUUUGGUAUAAUAAUUAUGAGGCUGGAAAUGUGGUAUCAACUUCAUUUCAAUCAAAAAUUAUAGAAUUAAUUAGUUCGUGUAUAAAUUCAAGACUUAAAAUAAUUAUAGAUGCUAUAAAAAAACUUAGAGAUGAAGGACCAAAGCCUGCAAAUUUGAAUAAUACAAAAGGAAUAAUUACUCCUGAUUUUACAACUCCUAAAGUUACUCCACGACGUUUAUCUCCUUCAAUAGGGGAGGUAUCACCUAACCAGGAUUCUCCUAAUACAUGUAAUACUCAGUGUAGAAAAUUGCAGCUUUCAGAUGUCUGGUAUCAAUGGAUAUUAGAAAUGAUCAACUUGAAUGAUUUAUAUGCUAUAUUCUUGGUUCAAUGUGGAUUAUUUAAGGAAGCUUUACUAAUUUAUAAAACUCUUUUGCCUAAUACUAGACACCCCAAAUUCUUAGAAAAUGACCCUUUGAUUCAGACUUGCAUUUUAGCUCCUGUAACUAAUUCAAACAUUCCUCUACUACUUCUUCCUUCUGAUUGCUGCUUAGGAGAUUGCAAAACUCACUCUUUAGAUGAAGCAUCUUUACUUCCUAGGGAUUCACUUGUACUCCCUCUUAAAUUGAAAGACCCAGAUUACAAUCCUAAAAGACGUACAUAUUUUGAGAUUCUAAUGCUUUCAUUUUCAAGACAGAUGUAUAUUUUAAAUCUUCUGGAUGAUGUAAAGGAAAUAUAUAAAUUAACGAUUUCAAUGAGCAAGAGAUUUGUAAUUGAUAUUCUUAGUAGAAUCCAAGAUAUUGACCUUCAAUUAGGAUGUUAUUUAUGGCUAUUUAGAUUUACAUUCUAUAUUGGAAUGGAGAUAUAUACUGGAAAUAAAGAUAACAAUCAUAACUUAUUAAAUAGUCAUUUAGAUAAACUCCUAUCUCCUAUCUCACCUGCUAAAACAGUCAUUAUAACAUCUCUUCUUCCCAAACUAAUCCAUACUUUAGGUGCUUCUGGAUCUAUGGAUGUAUGGCAACAUAAACCUUCGACUCCAAAACUUCCUCCUGAUACAAGUGUAUCAUCUAUGGAAGUACAGACAGCUUUAGCUCAAUGGGGAAUUCAUUGUUUUUCUUCUAUCCUUUUAAAUACUUUAUUUAAUAAAGAAGAACUUUAUAAAAUGGAGCAAGUAACUUAUGGAAACUCACUAACUCCUCUAGAAAAUAUUUUUUGGCCUUUUAUUGAAGGUAUAUCACUUUUUCACUCAGCUGCUAAAUAUUUUGCACUGUUAUGCCAAAUAUAUUGGAAUAAUAUAUGGAAGUAUUACAAAAAGAAUCCUAUUUGGCAGAGUUAUAUGUUAUUGGAUAUUAACAAUACCCAUGAUGAUGUAGAUACUUUAUAUAAACUUUCAGAUUUGUGUAAAAGUCUUGAUUGUCCCUCUAAAGCUUUUAAAAUAUUAUGUGAAAUAGUUGGUAUAGCUGGUAUGGAUUAUAUUUCACAUGGACAAGUUAGGUCUGUAGUCUCUUUGCCAUGGGGAAUUUUCUUUGAAAGUGAAGCAUUCCUAGAAUGGAUUAUAGCAAUUAAAGAUGAAACUAACAAUAUUUGUGAUAUUAAAUUGGUACAUGAAAAAAGACUUAAUGAGAAUAAGGAGUACAUGGGGUGUGAUCUUGAUUAUAAUGAACAUUUAGUGAGUCAUAACUUUUGUUAUAAAAUUGUUCGUCUUUGGUUAGAUUUCUCUAUUAUAUUAGUACCUAUCCCAUUUCAAUGGAGUCUUUUAACUGAUAUUGCGCAUAACAUGUAUACAACUUUUUUGGCUAAAAAGGUAACUCCUGUUGUUCUGAGUUAUAUUAACAGUACAGAUUCAUAUUUACUUCAAGCUGAAAUAGGAAUUAGACUUUUUUUAAUGCAAAUAAAUGGAAAUGUAACUGAAAGUGAUAAGGUAAUUGAAGCAUAUAUCAAUAAAUGUUUGGAAGAAUCUGAAUUAGAAAAUGAGGAAUCUCUACAUUGGGAAUUCCCAGCUCCUCCAAAUAUUUGGACUUACUUUGCUAAUGAGUUUGUAUCAACAAAUUCAAAAGCUCAAAAUGCAACCUUGUCAGGAGUACUUAAAAUACCGUUUAUUAAUAAAGAACCACUAGAAAUCCCGAAAUCUAACAAGGGAAAUACUUUAAGAGUAGCUGAAAAACAAAUUUUAAUGGCUCUUUUAGGUGGAGGAAGAAUUAUCAGACUUCCAAGAAAAGCUCUUCCAUGCUGUGGUUUACUUGAUCCUUGGAAACCAGUUCAAGGAUACUUCUAUGUAUUUCAUGAAAUCUUAAGACCUAGUGGAAGGCUUCUAUUAAGAUCUCCUUCAAUAUUGUCACCUUUGCAAAGUCCCUUAGGUAGUCAUACUAUAAAAAGUCCAAUAAAAGUAAAGGUUGAUGAACAUUCUAAUGUAAACAUGAGUCAACAAAAAACAGAAGGUAUAGAACAGGUAGAAACAAGUGAGGCUAUAUCAAGUAAAACUUAUACAGAAGAUCAGGCUUUAGGUAGAAAUAAUUCUAAGGGAAGUUGGUUUAAUAGGAAAGUAUCUUGGGCUGAGAGUGGGUCUACAAAUUCUACAAACAAUAACUCACUAAAUAACAGAUCUACAUCACCGAAGAAAAAGGAUGGAUCUCCCAGGCAAUGGGUAUGGGAUCUAGUUACAGGUCUAAGGUGGGGCGCUACCAAUAGUACAAGUAGUAGUACUUCAAACAAAUAUGACUCUUCCAAUUCCAUAGAGAGUCAAGGAUUUUUAUCUCAAACCCAAUAUAGCGCUCAGUGUAAAAAAGACACGGAUAAUAGAAAUAGCGGUAAAUUAGAGGUUUCCUUAUCUCCUGAAAUAAGGCACCCAAAUUGCAAGCCAGAUGAGAACUCUCCAGCCAAAGUUAUAACUGUUCCAACUCCAGGCCCAACUAAUUGGGUUAUUACGGAAGGAACAAAGUCAUGUUCACGCCGUACAGUUGCUCUAAGCCCAAAUAUUGCUUCACCAGGAGACUCUAGGACUCUUCCUACUACAUCUCCAAAUACAUGGAUGAAACGAGUUAUCAUUCCCAAUAUCCCUUUAAAGUUUAUUUUAUACAUAUACUUAGGUUCCUCAAAUCCCUUGACAUUCUCUUCUAUAUGGUUUAGACUUCAGACAGGUCAAUGGCUACCAUUAGAGCAAUUGAGUAGUACUUUCCAGUUGAAUCCAGGUGUAAAUCAUAUUCAGGUUGAUCUUGUAUGUCAUGAUCUGGUUCCAUUUGAAUUUGCUAUAGACUCUAUAGGUCUAUCUAUUCAACAUAUUAAGUCUAACUUACCUAUUAAUUUUUUAUGGGUAAUUCCAUUAGGGACAUUACCAUCUCCUCAUAUAAUGCCUAAAAUAGUUUAUGAAUUUAUGAAAAGUGAGAGAAGUCAAGGAAUUGAAUUUAGAUCUUGGAGUUUGUCGAAAGGUGAAUUUAAAAACAAAUACCAAGAUCCUUGGUAUCCCUUGAACCGUUGGACUACUCUUUGCCUAUUUAAUGUUCUAUCCCUAAAGGAUAUAUUUGAUUUGAAGAUAUCUUCAGAAAAUAAUGAUCUAUAUAUGGAUUCAAUCAAGUCUCUUGAUUGCUCCCUUCCACUUCCAACACUAAUUUCAAAUACUCUCUCAGUAACAGGUAAUAUUAAGAAGAAAUAUAAAUUCUUAAUUAAGAUUGAUAAAGAUUGGUUAGAAUCUAGCAUUUCGAACUUUGUAAUUGAAUUGGAUUUUAGUGCAUGUGAUCCAAAUAUACAAAUUUAUACUCAUGAAGCUACUAUUAUUUCUUUAGAUAAACGAUUAAUAUUUGAAGAUAAAGCUAAAAUAUUUCAAGUAGAAGAAGGUGUUUAUACACUAGCAAGCACUUUAGAUUGUCAAUUCGGUAAUUCUACUAAUUUACCUAAAUCUCAAGAUAUUACAACUAAGGAAGAUAUACCAGUACACCAUCCAGGAAGUGAAAACAUAUUAAAGAAUACGCUUGAAAAUAUAAGUAAUAGCUCAUUGAAACAAAGGCAAUGUAAAAAUGUAGUUAUACUUCCUAAAUUUUCACAUGAAUGUAUUUUGGAGAUACCAAUAAAAUUUUCUCUAUAUCUUGCAAACAAACCAACACCUUUUGAACUGAUUAUUAAUCUAAAUGGUCGCAUUUCCAAACAUAAUGUAGAGUCUUCCAACCUGCAUAGAUUCUCCUUUUGUGUCCAACCUCAAGUCACACUUGAUGAUAAUUUUAAACCUGCAAUCGAUGACCUGGAAAUAGAUUCUCACUCUUAUUAUGAGCUUUCUCUAAUCUCUUCUGAUGAUGGGAUCUAUAUUGAACGCUUAAUUACAUCAUUUCCUAAUAAUAAAAACUUAGAGGAUAUAUCAUUGAGCUACAAACUUAUAACAAGUGUAUCUUUACUUACAAAAAGCUGCAACUACCCAUUUAUCCCUAGUAAUAAAAUUUCAUUCGAACACACUUUGUCGUCAUCUUUGUUUAUGAAAUCACGUAAUAGCCGUGUUAAGUUUAUCUGGCUAUCUACGGAGAAUUUAUGGAGAUCUAAAAUACAUCCCUAUAUUUAUAUUUUAAGCAGAUAUAAAGAAGAUAUGUCGGAAUAUUCAAUAUCAGGACCCUUCGAAAUAAAUAUAUUCUUUCAGAAUAGUAUUUGUCCAAAAAUUCCGGACACUUAUAUUACUAAUUCUCAAUUAUUUACUCUUGCUAGUGUAAAUUUUAAGCCUCAUGGCAAAAUUAACGAAUCUAGUACUUUAUAUAUUAGCUUAAAUUAUUGUGGUAAUACUUCAGAUACCUUUAAUUAUUAUAUUUCACAAGUAAAUCCAACAGAUAAAUAUCCGAAGUGGUGGUUCUUAGGCCCAAAAAGUGACACAGUUAUUGUGCAACCAAAUAUACAAGUAAGUAUAAAGUUUGAAAUUGUACCGCUAGUUAGUGGUCUUUUGGACUUGCCUAUUUUUUGUAUAGGGAAAAAAGAUUCUGAUUUAGCCACCUACAAGACUUUCACAUUUGGACAGCAAAUAGUAUUAUAA